AUGGAGCUGGGGCCCCGGUGUCUGGAAGAUGGGCGCCCCGGGCCUGACCCCCUCUCAGGUGGGAGAGAGAGCCAGGAGGAAGAGGCUCCGGAGAGGAGCAGCCCACCUGGGCCAGUCACCUCAGCCCCAAAGCAGGCCAGCGUGAGCACCCCGGAGGCCCAGGCAGCACAGCAGGAGCCGCGACCACCGCAGCUGGAACCGCGGCCAAAGCGGCGACGAUGGCAACGACAGCCACAGCGACGACCGCCGCAGCCACAAAACCAGCCACUGGGACCCUGGCCAGCACGGCAGCGGCCGCCGCAGCAGGACAGACAAGAACAGCUGCAGGAACCACAAGAAAAACACCAACCCCAGCAACACCUGCGACCGAAGCCACAGCUGCCGCCGAGGCAACAGGUGCAAGAGCAGCCAACGCCGGAGCAACGGCAGGAACAGCCGCCGCGGCAGCAAGAACUACAGGAAGAACCCCGAUCGGUGCAACACGAGCACCUACAGCCGAUGCAACAGCAGGAAGCGUUACAAGCGCAGCAGGAACAGGAGCAGCAGCAGCAGGUGCAGCAGCAGGUGCAGCAGCAGGAACAGCCCGGCCAGCAGGCACCGCGGCAGCGGCGGCCGCAGCCAGGACCGUCGCAGAUUCAGGAACAGCUGCAGCAGCAGCAGCAGUUGCAGCAGCAGCAGCAGUUACAGCAGCAGCAGUUGUUACAGCAGCAGCAGCAGCUGCAGCAGCAGCAGGAACAGUUGCAGCGGCAGCUGCUGCAACAACAGCAGUUACACCAGCACCUGCUGCAACAGCAACAGUUACAGCAGCAGAUGUUGCAACAACAACAGUUACAGCAGCAGCUGCUGCUGCAGCAGCAAGAGCAGUUGCAACAGCAGCAGCUGCAGCGCCGCCCAGCGGAGCCGGAGGAGGAGGAGGAGGAGGUGGAGCUGGAGCUCAUGCCAGUGGACAUGGAGUCGGAGCAGGAACUGGAGCAGCAGCGGCAGGAGGCCCAGCGGCAGCAGGAGCUGGCGCGGCAGCAGGAACAGCGGCAGCUGCAGCUCAAACUGCAGGAGCAGCUGCAGCAGCUGGAGCAGCAACUGCAGCAGCAACAGCAGCUGGAGCAGCAGCAGGAGGUGCAGCUGGAGCUGACCCCGGUGCAACCCGAGCUGCAGCUGGAGCUGGUGCCCACUGCGGGGGCAGGCCCGGCUUCGGGACCUGGUGCCUCGGGACCUGUCAUGGUGGGCCCCCCGGGCUACGUGGUGUUGCAGGAGCUCAUGGUACUGCCGGCCGUGGCCCCGGCGGCCGUGGUGCCCAUCUCCGGCCCCGCGGGUAGCGCCGCCCUGACACCAGUCCGGCAGCAGCGGCGACGGCGGCGCGCCCGGGACCGGCCGACCAUCUGCGGUGAGUGCGGCAAGGGCUUCAGCCGCAGCACCGACCUGGUGCGGCACCAGGCCACGCACACGGGCGAGCGGCCGCACCGCUGCGGGGAGUGCGGCAAGGCCUUCUCGCAGCACUCGAACCUGGUGACGCACCAGCGCAUCCACACGGGCGAGAAGCCCUACGCCUGCGCCUUCUGCGCCAAGCGCUUCGGCGAGAGCUCGGCCCUGGUGCAGCACCGGCGCACGCACACGGGCGAGCGGCCCUACGCCUGCGGCGACUGCGGCAAGCGCUUCAGCGUGUCCUCCAACCUGCUGCGCCACCGGCGCACGCACUCGGGCGAGCGGCCCUACGUGUGCGGGGACUGCGGCGAGCGCUUCCGCCACAAGGUGCACAUCCGCCGCCACGAGCACCAGCUGCACGGCGCCGGCCGGUCCCGGGGCCUCGGGCUGCUCCGCGCCGCCCGCUCGGCUGCCGGCGGGCCGCGCACGGGGCAGGCGGUCGGGGGCAAGGCUCCGUGA